AUGGACUUCUUGGGUGUAGAAUUAACCAGUGGAAAAUUGGAAGUAUUUGACGGUUACGUAACAUCGUCUGGUACCAUUCGUAAGGAAUCAUCAAGGGAUAUUGAAGGAUUGAAUUUGGAUUUGGAAAGCAAUAAAAUUUUUGUUGAAGUUGGGCGACCACUUAAUGCAGUUGAAAAGAACGAUUUGGAUCUUUCGCAAUGCAUUGAAUUUCACUUUCCAUCCGGAGAUAGUAUUUUUCGAUCACAAAAAGGCAAAUAUAAGUUACUGGGUGAAACAGAAUAUAUUGAAGUGUGUAACAUCACUGAAAAUUGUAUCCUGGACGCUAAAGAACGACUCUCGGGUUCGGUAUCAGCACGACAGAAGGGCAGCCUUUCAGUUUGUUCGACAAAAGUGGAUGAAAAUGAAGUCAAAUGGUAUUACGAUGACGAUGAGAGCAGUGUUGUUUUUGUUAUUGAUCAGAAGAUUAUCAAUGGUAAACAGUAUACAGCAAUUACCAUCACCGACGAUGAUGACGAUAAAGAAACUGUUGAUUUGGCAAUAAUAGAAUUGAAAAAUGGAAAUUUUGUGGCUGCCUAUGACUAUUAUUUAUCAGUUGAUGAAGAAGCACCUAAAAAGGAUAAAAAACAGAAUUUUGUCUUCAAUAACGCAAACUUCAAGAAAAACAAAACAGCUGUUCAUUUAGAAUUGUCUAGGCCAAUUGAUACUGAUGAUGAUAAGGACGUUUCAUUGGAUGGUUGUGUAACCGUGCAGUUUCUGAUUAAUGGUGGAAAAUCAGUUAAAGCAAUAAUGAAAAAAGGACGAAAACAAUUUGGACAAAAAAUAUGUGAUAUUAAAACCAAUUGCUUAGUCGAUGAUUCUGCACUGCCCACUGUUACUUCUACUACCAACAAAAAUGAAGGUCAGAAAGUAACAACGACACCAACAGCGAUGACAACAGUGUCAACAACAACAGCUGCUACAACUGAACUACCGGAAGAUGAAGAAAAAGUAACAGUUGACAACGAUACUAGCGAAACAACUUCGUCAACAACGACGACAACUGUUGAAACAACGAACAAAGAAGACGAAGAAACUAUUUAUUCUACAGCGGAAACAACAUUACCGACCACUGAGAAAUUGCCGAACAAGCCAAAAUAUAAGAAGCUUAAUUUUAAAGGAUGUCCAGAUGGUCAUACGGAUUUAGGUGUAUGCCAAAAAUAUUUCAAAGAUUAUAUGAACAACGUAGCCAUUUGGGCUGAACGGCAUAAUGCGAAAAUUGAAGAUCAGUAUUGGAAGGUACGUUACAAUUACUUAUAUGUUCCAUUUUAA